ACAAGAGGAAACGAAGAAUCAUGAGGUUUGGGAAAGAGUUUGUGUCUCAAAUGAUCCCAGAAUGGCAAGAAGCUUACAUAGAUUACGCUUACCUCAAAACCAUUCUUCAAGACAUCCAAGCUUCCCGUAGGGUUUCAGAUUCCAAUAACCAGAACAGUAGUACUCCUUCCUUCGCACGCAACCUAACCAGACGGUACAACCGCAACGCCUUGGUCUCUGAGAAUCACGACAUUGUGGUCAACACUGUGACACGGGACGAAGAAGGGCUCGAGACGACGGCUUACGAGACUACGUUUUUAAAGGCUGGAGAACAAGGUGGAGACUUUGAGGUUACCUUCUUUAGAAACCUAGAUCGAGAAUUCAACAAAGUGAUUAGCUUUUACAGGUUAAAAGUGGAGAAAGCUAGAACUGAGGCUCUGGCUCUGAACAAACAAAUGGAUGCUUUGAUUGCUUUUCGACACAAAGUUAUGGAUCAGAAUCAGAAGAACCCUUCUGUCUUUGAUUCAGUCUCAGUAGACAUCAAUGGCUUAGAUUCUGAGGCUGGAUCAUCUUCCAAUUGUAGAGAACACAGAGUAGCAUUAGAAGAUGUUAUGAGGAAUGAUGAUACAUCGAACGAGAGUAUUCUUGAGCGCAUCAGGAUGAACAAAACGCGAGAAAUAACUCCUCUGUCCGCAAUUAAAACCAUCCUCAAGGUCCAUAAACAGGACGAGCUCAAAUUCACAAGAGAGAAUCUCAAGGAAGUCGAAAAGCGACUUCAGGUUGCAUUCAUCGAGUUCUAUCAGAAGCUUCGACAUCUUAAGAAUUACAGCUUCUUGAACGCCUCCGCCGUUUCCAAGAUCAUGAAGAAGUAUGAUAAGAUAGCCAAAAGAAAUGCUGCGAAACUGUAUAUGGACAUGGUGGAUAGAUCUUACCUCAGUAGCUCUGAUGAAGUUCAUAAGCUGUUGCUAAAAGUUGAAUCUACUUUUAUUGAACAUUUUUCCAAUUCAAAUCGGAGGGAAGGGAUGAGCCUCUUAAGACCAAAAAUAAACAAAGAACGUCAUCUUAUAACGUUUUCCACCGGCUUCUUCUUCGGCUGUGGUGUUUCUCUCAUUGUAGCUCUUGGUUUGAUCAUCCAUGCUCGUAAUAUCAUGGGUACACCAGGACAAAGAACUUAUAUGGAAACAAUGUUUCCUCUUUACAGGUUCUUUGGGUUUGUAGUUUUGCACAUGGACAUGUACGCUGCUAAUAUCUACUUCUGGAGGCGAUACCGUGUGAAUUACUCCUUCAUCUUUGGAUUCAAACAAGGCACUGAACUUGGUUAUAGGCAUGUUCUACUUCUCAGCUUUGGUCUUGGUACACUUUCUUUGUGUGCUGUCUUAUUAAACCUUGACAUGGAAAUGGAUGCUCAAACAAAAGACUACAGAUUAGUCACCGAACUUAUCCCCCUCUUUCUCCUCGUUUUAGUGAUUGCUAUUUUUCUCUGCCCCUUUCACAUUUUGUAUCGGUCAAGCCGAUACUUCUUCCUCUCGGUUCUGUUCCGCUGCAUCGCUGCACCAUUUUACGCGGUGAAUCUUCCGGACUUUUUCUUGGGAGAUCAACUAACAAGCCAGGUUCAAGCACUGAGGAGUCUAGAGUUCUACAUAUGCUACUAUGGUUUUGGAGAUUUCAGAUAUAGACGACGAGACACCUGCACAUCAAAUAUUGGAUUCAGAACAUUCUACUUCAUCGUUGCCGUUAUACCUUACUGGUUACGGUUUCUUCAGUGCAUCCGAAGAAUGAUGGAAGACAAAGAUCUGAGUCAUGGCUACAAUGCCAUCAAGUAUCUCUUGACCAUCGUCGCUGCUUGUCUUAGAACAGCCUAUACUCUAAACAGAGGAACCACAUGGAACAUCACAGCUUGGGUAUUCUCGGGAGUUGCAACGUUUUACGGAACUUACUGGGACAUUGUUGUUGACUGGGGAUUGCUUCAAAGAGGAUGUAAGAACAGUUUCUUGAGAGACAAGCUUCUUGUUCCUCACAAAACCGUGUACUACGCUGCAAUGGUCCUGAAUGUUUUGUUGAGGUUAGUGUGGUUGCAAACAGUUUUGGAUCUGAAAUUCUCUUUCUUGCAUAGAGAAACUAUGGUCGCGCUUCUGGCUUGCCUUGAGAUCAUACGCAGAGGUAUCUGGAACUUCUUUAGGCUGGAGAAUGAGCAUUUGAACAACGUUGGGAGAUACAGGGCGUUCAAAACUGUCCCGUUACCGUUCAACUACGAAGAAGAUGGAGAUCAUGACAAUUAGCUUAACAAGAAAUACUUGGUUUCACA